GCGCACUUUGCUGUCGCCACCACUGACACAACCCGUUCGACCGUCGACAUGCGCCCAACGACUCUCUUCGUCGCCUCGCUCUUAGCCACCGCCUCGUGUCUAUCCAGUGCAGCCUUUACUUGGCCCCAACUUCCGUUGCAGUUUGAUUUUCCGGAAGAACAAUCUUCAAAAGAACAAGGGCCGGCUGUUAAGUAUUGCUCCUCGUGUGAAAAACAGUGUGGCAUACAACCUGAAGAUAGACGAUCGAUAUUUGCUAAGAUCGUAAACGGCAAGGACGCUCGUGAGAAUGAGUUCGGUUGGGCUGCAACUUUGGCCAGACGAGGUCAAUUUUAUUGUGGAGGAACUUUGAUUACAAAAAAACAUGUACUCACCGCCGCUCACUGUGUCGAAUCUUUUAGUCCAAAAGACCUCACUGUUACCAUUGGUGAGCAUGAUAGGAAAACUGAUACCGGUCGUAAGUCGGUUCAUCAUGUGCUCAGAAUUCACAGGCAUCAAGACUUCCGUUUGAGUACAUUUGACAAUGACAUAGCUAUUCUUGAGCUUCGCGAACCCGCUCCUCUAGAAAGUCCUUGGGUCAGACUUGCUUGCUUACCAACGUCUUCUGAUAUUUCAUACGAAGGAUCUAAAGGCACAGUGAUCGGCUGGGGAAGACUGGGAGAACGUAAAAAAUCAUCCAACAUUCUACAAAAGGUCGAAGUUCCAAUAAUAUCUAACGAAGACUGUAAGGGAAUGGGAUAUGCACCAGAAAAAAUUACCGGCAAUAUGAUUUGUGCAGGAUUCAAAGAAGGCCAACAAGAUGCCUGUCAGGGUGACAGUGGUGGACCAAUGCAUAGGAUCAUAGAUUCAUCGAAUAUCUUUGAAGUAAUCGGUAUCGUUUCUUGGGGAAAAGGUUGUGCCAGAGAAAAUUAUCCUGGAGUUUAUACCAGAGUCGCCAAUUAUUUGGAUUGGAUUCAAGCACGCACUGGAGACGAGUGUAUAUGUGGAUCGCCCACCACAACGUCGGAAGAGAGUUACUAAAUGGAAAGAUAAAUACUCUCCAAAAUGUUUUGCAUUGUAAAUAGCACGGCACUGUACCAUUAUAUAUUAUAUUAAUAUUUAUGUACUAUAUUCAUCACCAAUUAAUUGUUACCACCGAGUACCACGGAUACCAUUAUCACACAAUUAUAUAAAUUCUAGUCAAUAUGCUGUUUGCUUUAAAUGAGUGAAUAUUAAUAUAAAACGAUAAAUCAAGUUUUAUGUAUCAUGAAUAUUAAAAGUUUUCUAAUUUAACUCAAACAAAACAUGUUUUGUUUGUUUAUUUUAAAAAAUUAUUCUCAACAUAAUUAGUUAGAUUAAACUGUUUAUAUAUUUUUUUUUAGUUUCAAAAAAUUACUUUAUUACAUAAUCUUUUGACUGUUAAUAUAUAUUUUUAAAUUUUUGACUGAGCGAUUAAAAACAGUUAGAAUUUUCACA